UGAAUAAAAAACAAUAAGCAAUCCCAUAAGGUCUUAGCAUCGUAUAGCUAGCUUGCGUUUUAUUUACUUACUGCUUAUCCCUAAAAUGGAGAUAAAGCAACAACCAUCUCUCGCAGUGAUGAACUACUCCCAGCAACCAGCUGGGAGCGCUGUAGUUCGUCCGCUGGCUGAUUUUCCUCCCCCCUCCGUGUGGGCCUCUCGGUUCAUCUCUUUCUCUCCCGAUAACUCGAAACGGGAAUGGUAUGUAAGGCAGAUAGAAGGGUUGAAAAAUGAAGUGAGGAGAAUGGUGAUGGGGAGUGAGGCCAACAGGGUAGACAAAGUGAAGUUGAUCAACUCACUCCAGCGCCUAGGAGUGUCCUACCACUUUGAGAAAGAGAUUGAGGACCAGCUUCAACUCAUUUUUGCUGCCUGCACUACUACUACUGCUGCUGACCAUUUUAAUUUUAAUGGCGAUGACUUGUACAACACUUCACUACUCUUUCGUGUGCUUAGGCAGAAUGGUUUUAACUUGUCUUCAAAUGUGUUCAAGAAAUUCAAGGGCAGUGAUGGGAAGUUCAAGGAAGAAGUAAGGAAGGACGUGAGAGGAAUGUUGAGCUUGUAUGAAGCUGCGCAUUUGCGGAUACAAGGAGAAGACAUUCUGGAGGAAGCUGUGGGUUUCGCAAGUGGUCACUUGGAGGAGUGCGUGAAGAGUGGAGUACUAGCAGGACAACCUCAGCUGGAAAAACAAGUGAAGCAUGCACUAGAACGGCCGCUACACAAGACUAUCCAAAGGCUGGAGGCCUCCCACUUCAUCUCUCUCUACCGACAAGAUGAGUCUAGGAAUGAAACAUUGUUGAAAUUUGCGGUGCUGGAUUUCAACUUGUUGCAGCUACAGCACCAAGAAGAACUAUGUCACAUCUCCAAGUGGUGGGAAGAUUUGAAAUUUUCAAAGAAGCUACCCUAUGCAAGGAACAGAGUGGUGGAAUGCUACUUUUGGGCAGUUGGUGCAUAUUACGAGCCUCAUUUCUCCCUUGCCCGACUCAUCUUGACCAAAGCUAUUGCCUUCGCCUCCAUUUUGGAUGAUACCUAUGAUGCUUAUGGCACCAUUGAUGAACUCCAACUUUACACACAUGCCAUUCAGAGGUGGGAUGUUGGCGCCAUUGAUGGGCUGCCAGAUUACAUGAAGGUCAGUUACAGGGAUUUUCUUAAUCUGUACAAAGAAUUUGAGGAAGAGAUGGCCAAAGAAGAAAGAUCCUACAAUGUCCACCACACCAUUGAAGCAUUUAAGGAGGUGGCCAGAGGAUACUAUUUAGAGGCCAAGUGGAUGAACGAGAAGUAUGUGCCAACAUUUGAGGAGUACAUGGGCAAUGCCCUAACCACAACAGCUUAUCACAUGCUCAUAACAGCGUCAUUUAUCGGCAUGGGGGAGCUUGCCACAAAAGCUAUUUUUCAUUGGAUCAACACCAAGCCUAAAAUCGUCACAGCUUCAAAGAUCAUUUGCCGCCUCAUGGAUGACAUUGUCAGCCACCACUUUGAGCAAGAGAGAGGCCAUGUUGCCUCUGCCAUUGAGUGCUACAUGAAGCAAUAUGGGGUCUCUGAAGAAGAGGUAAAAGUUGAGUUUCAAAAGAGGAUUUCAAAUGCAUGGAAGGAUGCCAAUGAGGAAUGUCUCAGGGCAACAGCUGUUCCAAGGCCUUUCAUUGCUCGAAUCCUAAAUCUUUCCCGAUCCAUUGAUGUUAUUUACAGGUACGAUGAUGGAUACACAAAUGCUAAAAGAGUUCUCAAAGAUUAUAUCGAGUCGUUGUUCAUCCAUCCCGUACCUAUAUAAGCAAGUUUGUGUUUUAGAUCGAGUCUUUCUUCAUCAAUCCCAUACCCAUGUAAGCCAGCUUGUAUUUUCAAUCUCUCUGUCUUUAAAUACCUACAAAUGUAUGAUCAGAGGACAAGAAUAAUGCCCAAGUGAGGGCUUAUUUGCUUUUUCUAUUUUCUUCUUUCUUCCAUGCAUGCUAAUGGUCUAGUUGUGUUCCUUAGCGAUCAACGCCAAACCACUUAAAAAAUCUAUGAUAUGUCCUUUACAUUUGCAAUGAAAUUUGUUAAAGAUCUAUCUAGUUUGAAUUGUAC